AAUUCCUCGUUCAGUCUGCCCCCGUCUCCCUCCCUCGUCCCGCCGCCAGGCCGCCCGCCGCCACCGAGCCGCCGCCCGCCAGGAAGCCCCUGCGCCGGCCGCCCUCCAGGCUCCAGAUCCCGCGCCCGCGCCUCUCCGGCUCUCCGCCACCCGCGUCGCCCGGCUCUCCUCUCCGCCACCAGCGCCGCCCGGCUCUCCUCUCCGCCACCAGCGCCGCCCGCCUCUCCUCUCCGCCAGCAGCAGGGAGCCAGAGACGCCCGACGGCCCGAGGCUCGACUCCGGCCAGUCUAUCAAGGUAUGGAGUUCUCAGUUUCUCCCUCCUUCUUGGUUCUCCCUCGGUCCCUCCUCCUUCUCUGUUUCGGUUCUCCCUCGGUCCCUCCUUCUUCUCUGUUCUUCAAGACUUCAAGUUCUCUGUUCUUGUACUGCAAUGGUUCAUGGAUUCGUCCGAGACGCCCGUGACUGAUGGCACCUCGGCAGCGGUAGAGACACAAGCAUCUCAAAGACUGCGAGCGAAAACUGAUCCAGCAUGGGGGCACGCCCAGGAAGUUGAAGUUGUUGUUGAGGGAACAAAGAAGAAGUGGAUUGGCUGCAUGUACAGCAAUGAGUUGUUCAAAGGUGGUGGUAUUCAUCGAUUGAAGCUUCAUUUGGCUGGAGAAAAGGGUAAUGUGAAGCAAUGCAAGAAAGUUAGUGCCGAGGUUAGAUAUGAAAUGCAACAAAGUAUGGAGGAUUUUGCAGGGAGGAAGAGGAAGGCUGAUGAAGAUGCAGCCCGUGUUAGAGCCAGUAUUGAAGGGGCUGAAGAUUCAACUCAAGUAGUUGCUGCUGCUCAACGAUCCACUCGAGCGAAAAAAGGCAAAGCUGUUGCUGCCUCAAGCAUGUCAACAACAAACCGUGCAGCAGACCGAUUCUUUUUAUCUAGAGGCCAACCAGGUGAUCAACAAACAAUGAAGAGUGUGCUGCAAUCUCAAGAAGCAUUAGACAGAGUUGAUCUCAUUAUCAGCAAAUGGUUUAUUGAUGCAUCUAUUCCUUUCAAUGCAACUACUUCUAGAUACUAUCAACCUAUGAUCAAUGCAAUUGCUGGUGUUGGUAUUGGUUAUAAAGGGCCAAGUAUGUGGAGAAUGCGCGGCCCUUUGCUAGCAAAGAAUGUUGAAGAAACAAAGAAGUUUGCGGAGAGCUACCGCAAAGCAUGGAAGGAGAGUGGCUGCAGUAUUAUGGCUGAUGGUUGGACUGAUAGAAAGAGAAGAACUCUCAUCAACUUCUUGGUGUAUUGUCCCAAAGGUACCAUUUUUCUGAAAUCUGUUGAUGCCACUGCUAGUUCCAAAACUGGAGAUUUCUUGUUCAAAUUAUUCAGCGAUGUUGUGCGCUUUGUUGGAGUAGAGAAUGUAGUCCAUUUUGUGACUGAUAAUGCCUCAAACAUGGUUCUAGCUGGAAAGAAAUUAGAGGAGGAGUUUCCUUAAAUUUAUUGGUCCCCUUGUGCUGCUCAUUGUUUGAAUUUGAUCUUGUCUGAUUUGGGAAAACUUGAAAUAGUGCAAUCAGCAGUAGCACAUGCAUCAAAAAUCACUAGAUACUUGUACAACCAUUGCAACCCACUUUUUCUUAUGAGGAAAUUCACUAAUGGAGAAGAGAUACUUCGUCCAGCACCAACUCGCUUUGCUACUAAUUUUGUUGCAUUGCAAAGUAUACUCAAGCAAAGAGAUGCUCUUCGUACCAUGGUUAUAUCAAAAGAGUGGAUAUCUGCCCCAUGUGCAAAAGAAUUAAAAGGAAGAAAGUUUGUUGACCUUGUAUUGGAUCAACAAUUUUGGAAAGAUUGUGCUUCCAUUUGUAACUUCUCUGAACCUUUAGUUCGUGUGCUAAGAAUUGUUGAUAGUGAUGAAAGGCCAGCCAUGGGAUACAUAUUUGGAGCAUUACAUUGUGCAGUAGAAGAGAUUGAAAGGAGGUUUAAGAAAAAUAAGAGAGCAAUCCAGCAACCUGUUCUUAAGGCUAUAGAGGAGAGGUAGGAUAAGCACCUAAAUAAAAAUCUGCAUGCAGCUGGCUUUUGGUUUAAUCCAAUAAACCAAUAUGAUGAAGAACUUAUGGAAAAAUAUAAUACCACUACUUCUGGUGUUAUAGAUGUUAUUGAGAGAUAUGCAGCAAAUGAUCCAGCUUUGCGCAAGGCUUUGACAGCAGAGAUGAAGCUUUUCAGAACUGCGGCUGGGGAUUUUGGUCGAGUGACAAAUCAAUGCUUCCUGAUGAAUGGUGGUUGACUUAUGGUUGUGGUGCUAAAAAUUUGCAAAAGCUUGCUAUUCGAGUCUUAAGCCAAACUUGUAGUGCUUCGGGCUGUGAAAGAAAUUGGAGUUUGUUUGAGCAUAUACAUUCCAAAAAGAGAAAUAGACUUGAGCAUCAAAGGAUGAAUGAUAUUGCUUAUGUUCAAUGCAACUUGAGGCUUCAACAAAAGACCCAAAUCUCUACAAGAAACUAUGACCCUAUUUUUUUGGAGGACAUUGGCAAGUUUGCCGAAGAUUGGAUUUUUGAAGAUGAUCCCCAAGUGCUAAAUGGGGAAGAAAUUGGUGUAUACCGGAAAAAUUUGGAAUCAGAUGACACAGAGAUACGCAAUUCCAUGGCCAUGAAUGAUGAGGCUCAAUGGAUUGAUGAAGACUAUGACAUUGAUGCUUCUCAAGAAACUGAUGAAGCAAACAUGCCAGCAGCUGACGAAGGCCAAAUUGGUGGAGUCCAAGAGCAAGAUAUUGGAGAUGGACGUGAUGAGGAUGAAGAUCGUGUUGGGAAUGUGACAGAUUGGACCUACCAAUUCCAAUAUCGCUGAGUUUGUUGCUUUGUUUCAUGAAGUCUCAGUUUGUUGCUUUGUUUAAUGAAGUCUCAGUUUAAUUAUUUAGCUAUUGGCCUAUGUGCCUGAUUGUUUGUUGCUUGCUGUCAUUGUGUGAGACAUUGAGUGCUUGCUGUUGCUGAGACAUUGAGACAUUGCUUGCUUGCUUGCUGUCAUUGUUUGAGAGUUGAGACUUGAGAGUUUGAGACUAUGUGGUUGGCUAUGUGCCUGUUUUCUUUUACUGGAAUUUAUUGUCAGCACUGUUAUUCAUA